ACAGUGGAGAAAAAAUGGGAACACCCAGUUUUUACACACCCUGCUACUAUCAACCAGGGUCGGCGGGCAGCUGGGAACUCGUUACUUUACUGUUAUGUGUCAGCAUGUCAGCAAAUCAGUCGUCGUCAUCAUGCUAAGAGGUGUUCGGUUUAACUUUAGGAAACACCUUUUCCCAGCCUUUGGCUCUUUUUGCGCGCAAACUUGAAUAAAGACGCUCACCUGUCGCCAUGGCACGAACAAGCAGAGGCGCACCUAGAUCUGACGAGGAGUUUACGUUUGUCAGCCCAGCUGUGAAGUACCUGCUGUUCAUAUUUAAUUUUAUAUUUUGGAUAAUUUCUCUGGUGUUGGUGUUAAUCGGAGUGUAUGCCCGCAUUGUGAAACACGCAGAAACAGCGCUCGCAUGUCUCGCUGUGGACCCCGCUGUAAUGCUGUUGAUCGUGGGGGUCCUCAUGUUCAUCAUCACCUUCUGCGGUUGUGUGGGGUCCCUCCGAGAAAACCUCUGCCUCUUGCAAACUUUCUGUAUCUGUCUGAUCGUGAUCUUCAUCCUGCAGCUGACUGCUGGUGUCCUGGGCUUCAUCUUUUCAGAUAAGGCAAGAGGUAAAGUGACCGAGGUGAUCAACAAUGCCAUUGUCCACUACAGAGAUGAUAUUGAUCUGCAAAACCUUAUUGAUUUUGGUCAGGAAGAGUUUGACUGCUGUGGUGCUUUGAGGUACUUGGACUGGUCACAGAACAUGUAUUUCAACUGCAGCAAGGACAACCCCAGCCGAGAACGCUGCUCUGUCCCCUUUUCCUGCUGUAUCUUAAGAAAUGACACGGUAAUCAACACCAUGUGCGGUCACAACAUUCAGGAAUUGGAUUACAUCGAGGCUGGAAACCGCAUUCACACCAAUGGCUGCAUAGACAAAAUAGUUGAUUGGAUCCACAGCAACCUGUUCUUACUAGGAGGCAUUGCGCUGGGACUGGCUAUACCACAGCUGGCUGGAAUGCUUUUGUCUCAGAUUCUGAUGAACCAGAUCAAAGACCAGAUCGAGCUGCAGAACUACAACCAGAAACACAGCUCUGACCCGUGGAGCUGAUCCAGGAGACACCAAAGUCUGAUGAGGAGAACAGGAAGCAUGUAGACACCAGCAUAAUCGGGGUUGAUUGGUAGAACUAAACCAAUAGAGUCCUUUGAGCCUGUUAUGAUUCUUGGACAAAUGACACACAGACAGACCAAAUGCUGACUUUUGAAAGGGUUACUUUAAAAGCAAACUUUAUACCCAAGCAAGGGCAGAAGGUAUAUUUGGUGCUCAGGAUGUUACGUUUUAGUGAGGAGAUGCAGUCGAAAAUAUCUACAAGAAUUUUUAAAAAAAAUUAUUUUGUGUUAUUUUAUUACAAAAGUUUAAAAAAAACUUUUUUAAAAAGCAAAAAGCAUAAUUUUAUCAUCAGUGAGGUGGCUCUGAUUUUUUCAAUGUGCUGAAAAUUACUGUAAAUCAUAUAUUGUUUAAUGUCAUCCUUUAGAACUGUGUCUGUCACUCAAGUUCGGCAUACUUAAAAUGUGUCUUGAGACAAGGCCAAGCCAAUGCAUACAGACCAUUUUGUGAAUAGUUUCUUCCUCUUUCGAAAGCUUGUAUUACCUCAAUGCUCCAGAACCUCCCCCACCCUCCGAACAUGUUACAAAGUUAAAGCAAUAACAUACAGUAUGAUAAACAGGUUUCGUUCGACAAAAACCGCAAGCAAACGUUUACACUGCUGCUCUGACCUUUCACAAUCAUGCUGCCAUGUUGGCCUGCUCAAUUGUUCUGCCAAGACCUCACACUGCACAUGAUGUCAUCGCCUCCUUUCAUUUUGGCCAGCUGACUGCCUGCAUGGCUGUGGAGACGCGGGAUUUUCUUGUAGGGUGUAUAUUGAAAUACGUUGCCAUUGCAAAUAAAUGUUUGCCAAACCA